AUGCCUGGGAUGCGGACACCAUCCAUGCAGAGGAAGAACCGGGAACCAGAAGUGACGAGUCUGUUUGUUUCCGACACCAAGUUCAACUCGGUCAUACAGCGCAUCAUUUCCUACAACCAGGAGCUUGCCCACUGGGUUGCAGCUGAGAUUGUCACGUGCACGUCGACCAAGAGUCAGAGUGUCAUCUUGAACAAGUUCAUCCAGGUAGCACAACUGUGUGCCGAGAUCCGCAACUUCUCCACAUGUCUGGCCAUCUUGGAUGGCCUGGAGAACCUCAUCGUGCGUCAACUGCCCGCGUGGAAGAGUCUGCCAUCAAAAUGUGGUGGCAUCAUGGACGACCUGGAGAAGAUCAAGGUUCAAGUCAAAGGAGAGCAGAGCUGCCUGAUGAAGGAGAAAGACAGCCAUCUUUGUCCCACAAUUCCCUCUGUUCUGUACUUCCUGUUACAUGUGCAGCAGCUGGAGAUAGGCAGCUUUCAGCUGGCAAAUGGCAUGUACAAGUGGACUAAGAUGAGAUCCAUCUGUCAGAUGAUAGACCAGAUCCGAGUGUUCCGGGAGAAUGAGUUCCUGUUUGAGCCAGACGAGACCCUCCAGGACACCAUUCAUCAGAGAAUCGUGGACUUCAGCGAACAGGAUCUACACACUGUCGCAUCCAAUAAUGAUGCCAACUUCAGGAAAUUCACAGCCGGCGGACUUUCUGGUGUCUUUAAGAAGGUCAAGGACAAAUUGCAAUCAAAGGGAGAGAAGUGAGAGAGUAGCAGUUGAAGUGUGUUUCAUGGGCCUGUUGAUGUCACCUUGAAGACUGAGGCGCUCAAGAGGAGGAAUAAUACAGCAAUAGAAGUGCUCUGUGUCUGCUGGAACCUACCUUGUGUGGAACCAAUCGGAAUAAUGACCAAAUAUGUUCUUGUGUGAAGUGUACAAGGACAUUCAGACAACAAUGUCGACCGGGAGAAUGGUGAGAUAACUCAGGCACUGACAGUGACAUGAUUGAAUCAAUCAGGUACCGGUAUGUCCGUUUCAAUACCACAUGUGUUGGUGAUUGUACGUGUGUCGAUAUUCGAAGUGUUGACUUUUGACGAGUGUCAACAUUCCAGCUACAUCAACAUUCCCACAUGUGUCGACGUUCCUAACCAUAUGGAUAUUCUUACAGUUGUCAAUGUUCCUACACGUGUUGAUAAUCCUAAACUAGUAUUGACAUUCCUGUAUGCCCACAUUCCUGCAUGUGUCAACAUUCCUAUUUAUGUUGAUGUUCCUCUGUCUGUCAACAACUUAUGAAAAAGUGUUGAAGUUCCUACAUGUGUCGGUGUUCCUGUUCCUGUUCCUGUUCUGU